CAAAUCGGAUUUUUUUUCUAGAGAAAUGUCAAUUGGAUCUAACCUAAAAAACCCAUCCGUUAACUUAUUUGGCAAAAAAUCGCCUGGAUGCGUUAGCAAUUCGUAAAGAUGGCAGAAAAUGCUACCGAAAACAACAUUACUGGCAUAAAGAACCUACUGUGGGGCCCCGGCGAGGUGCGAACGGACAUAUUCAAAAGAUGGAGUCAAGGUUUCUAUUUCAGUGAGACUGAGAAAAGUGCUUUAGAACAAUCUGAAGGUGGACCCUGUGCGAUCAUAGCCCCAGUUCAGGCUUACAUUAUUAAAAACCUGUUGCUAGAAUACUCCAAUUUAUCCUUUAGAGAACAAGUAACCAACGAGACCCAAAACCAAUACCUAGUAAGUGCACUGGUGGAAAUCUUGGCCUUAUGCAACGUCCAAAAGUACCAUAUAGUUUAUCUGAGCGACGAGUUUAGGGAGAAGGAGGAGGCAAGCAGGAUCAAGUCGGACGCGAGUGACGCACCCCGCACAAGCACCUGUGAUCCAGUAUUGUUCCAUGACAACCUCAGGGUGGAGCAACUGCCAUCGAUAUUUGACGUUCGGAAGUACUACCUGUCCCACAUUGAGGAUCUCAAGGGCCAGUACGGCCUGCUGAUGUUCCUGUAUUCUGUGAUCCUUUCCAGAGGUUUGGAACAGGUCAAAUCCGAGUCGGACACGCAGGAUCCACUGAUAGACGCCACAUACGGUUACGGCAGUCAGAGUUUGAUAAAUUUAAUGAUAACUGGAAGAGCCACAACGUAUGUUUGGGAUAACGAUCAAGAUGUGGGUGGUUUGAGGUUGCAAGGGAUUGAAAGGCAAAGUCAAAUCGGGUUUAUAACGAUAAUGGAACAUCUGAGAUUUUGUACAGUAGGCAAUUAUUACAAGAAUCCAGUACAUCCUGUUUGGGUGUUGGCUUCUGACACGCAUUUAACUGUUUUGUACAGUGACGAAAAGAAGCUGGUGAGUCCGGAGACGAAAAGCGAAAUGGCGAGGCGGGUGUUCAAGAAUUUCGACCCGGAUGGCAACAACUUCAUCAAGGCGAACCUGCUGCAGGACGUGCUGCAAUCCCUAGAACUAGUUAGCGAGAAAGAUUAUGUAGAUAUCAUGAAGAAGAAAUUAGACGAGGAGAGCCUGGGUAUCAUCCUCCUGGACGCGUUCAUGCACGAGUUCUUCCCCAAGGAGGAGUCCAGCACGCCCGACAUGUUCACGCUGAUCCACUACAACGGCCUGGCCCAGAGCAACAUGAACGGACAGGUCCAGUACCACGUCGGUUCGGCGAUACUGCUGGAGUCCGACCUGAAGUCGAUUUGCGAAUCGAACCCCAUGCUAACAGUAUUACAAACUAAGUGGCCGAACAUCGAGGUGAACUGGUUCCAAAACGUAACGCCAUCCCUUAAUUGAUUCAACACCUUUUUUUAUACAUAUUAUAUUUUAUGAAACUUUUGUUUUUAAUAGACGUCGCAUCUCCAUGUGAAAAAAAUUACGUUUUGUCCAGAGGCUCAGGCACCACCCACUGUUGCUAGAAUGGAGACAAGCUUUAUAUUUAUUAUAAUUUUUUUUCUUCGCAAUUGUCGGGAUAAUCUUAAAAAAGUGUUCCCUUUGGUUUUGACGGUAUUAUAUUUAUAUAUUAUAUUUUCUUUAUCAUGACUACAUAAUUUCUGGUUCUGUGACAAUUAUUGAACGCGGUGCAUUUAUCUUUUCUCUUAAUAUGUGUUGUACAUUAGUUAUCCAUUAAUUUAUUAAAUGACUGAUUUCCUGCCUGUUGUUUAUUAGGACAGCAUCUGUUUUGUUAAAAAAAUAUAUUUUGAAUUGUUUUAUUAAA